AUGUUGAUGCAUGGAGUAUGGCUUUUUGCAUCUUUGGUGGCGGCAGCAUCAGAAUGGCCCGUCCAGUCCUUUAAGAGUUCAUCGGUUCAGCCACCAGUGAUGAACGUGACAAAGAAUGGAAAAACAGAGCCAGGCUUCAUCUUUCUCACUAUUACAGACGUCCUCAGGGACCAAGGUUUCCCUGCCAUAUACACUGAUGACGGUGAACUGGUGUGGCACGGCGAAUCGGGUCAUACAUCUGGAUUCCAACCGCAAACUCUCCAUGGCAAUCCUGUAUUGACAUUUUGGGAGCGCACCCUAGGAUUCGGAUACGGGUCCAUUCAUAUCCUAAACCAGGAGUACAGUGAAAUAUACAAAGUCUCGCUGCCAGAUGGAAAAUACAAUUUUAAAACUGCUUUGGAGUCACAAUUCCCGUCCUAUAUUGACCUCCAUGAAGAUUUAAUCACUGACCGAGGCUCAAUCCUCGUCACGGCAUUCAAUGCGACCCAAGCAGAUCUCCGAAGCGUGGGUGGGCCUCAAGACGGCUGGAUUCAUGAUAGCCUAUUCUAUGAAAUUGACAUCAAGAGCAACGAUGUACUUUUUUAUUGGAGUGCGCUGGAUAAUCUUGCCAUAACGAAUUCGGCCACCCCUCUUGAUGGCUCGGGUCACAACCAAAGUGAUCCGUGGGACUUUGCACAUCUCAAUUCUGUAAUGAGAUUCGGGGAUGAGUAUAUUGUAUCGUUGCAUGGAUUCUGCAGUGUCUAUGCCAUCGAUUCCACUGGCAAGAUUAAAUGGACCCUCAAUGGACAAACGGGUGGCGAUUUCAAGCUCGCGCUCGGCACAACAUUCUGCUUCCAGCAUGAUGUAAGGAUCGAGUCGCAGAUCAACAAUACAGUAACCCUUCACAUGCAUAACAACGAUAAUGCACCCUUCUCAAAAGGAACGGCUGCCACCACCGGACUCCUCCUUGACCUAGAUCUGGACACGAAGACUGUCUCUCUCAAUCGGCGACUAUGGGAUGCAGACCAUAUGGUCUAUGCCGUGUCACAGGGAAGCUAUCAAGAUCUCGCGAAUGAACACGUCCUCCUGGGCCAUGGUGCAAUCCCUCAACUCGAAGAGUACGACGAAGCAGGGCGCGUGGUCAUGCGCGCACGAUUUGGCUAUGACAACCUUAUGAUGUCCUAUCGUGCAUUACGUGCAGCUUGGAAAGGCUGGCCGACCACAAUCCCGAGUGCGUACGCAUGUGCUGCGCAGACAGCAACGGGGACGGCGCAGGUGCGGGUGUAUGCAAGCUGGAAUGGAGCGACCGAUGUAAAGUCCUGGGAAGUCCACAUGGGCAGCAAGAAGAACAAUUUGCAUCGAGUGGCUGCUGCACUACAUAAUGGGUUUGAGACGGAGAUCCGAAUCGUAUCAGAAGGGACUUAUGUAAUGGUUAAAGCCCUUGGAUCGAACACUGCGCAAUCUCAGGUGGUUAAGGUUCAAGCAAGCUGCUAG